CUGACGAGUCAAGUCGUGUGCUGUUGCCUUGCCUCUACACGCUCUCUGCCGCCCUACGUGUCAGAGCAGAGCAGAUCGGUUUUUUGUGUCCGGUGUGUGGGAUCGUUGCAUGAUCCGAUCUCAGUGAUCAGAUCAGUCGCUGAAACGCCGCGUGCUCGUCUACAGCCACCAGAUCGCUGUGUGGUCUCGCGUCCCCCGCCCACUCCCUCCUCUAAAAAGGGAUUACAAAAAUUAUCACAGUGUAUGAAUUUGAUUCAUUCCGUUUUGAAACCAAUCGGAGCUCUUAAAACUCCCUAUAACUCGGCUUAGCACCGCUCUAGCUUGAGGGUGCCCAAAUUAUACCCAGAAGCCCUGAAAUCUAAGUCCAGAAAGCGACCAUGACGCGACCGAAGCAAAAUGAGAGCAAAUUCAAGGCAUUCAUGCAGGAGAAUGUCCUCACCAUGGCCACCGUGAUUGGUGUGUUUGCGGGUGGACUGGUGGGCUUCAUCAUUAAGAACAGCACCGGGGAGUGGACAAAGCGUGAGAUUAUGUACAUAUCAUUUCCGGGCGAGAUCUUUUUGCGCAUGCUUAAAUGCUUGAUUGUGCCGCUGUUGGUGUCGUCGAUAACCAGUGCCAUUGGUGGACUUGAUCUGAGCAUGUCCAGCAAGAUAGCCACCAGAGCCAUCACAUAUUACUUUGUGACCACCAUUUCGGCUGUAGUUUUGGGCAUUUGUCUUGUGACCACACUGCGUCCCGGCCAGGGAGCAAAGAUUGUGGAAACCCAAACGGAGAGUAUCGAUAAGGCAUCCAAGGUGCUGACCCCAGACACGCUAAUGGAUCUGGUUCGAAACAUGUUUACGGACAACAUCAUCCAGUCGACCAUGUUUCAGUAUCGCACGGAGAUCUUUGAGAACACCAGCAUUAGCCCUGCACAACCCAUGGAAGCCUGGCAAUUCAAGUCCUCCCAGCGCGAGGGCUCUAAUGUCUUGGGUCUGGUCAUGUUCAGCGUGAUCCUGGGCACCACCAUUGGCCGUAUGCGUGAAAAGGGACAACUUCUGCAGGAUUUCUUUACCACAUUGAGUGAGGCAAUGAUGACCAUCACCUCAUGGGUUAUCUGGAUCUCCCCAUUGGGUGUGGCCUUUCUGAUAGCCGCCAAGAUCAUUGAAAUGGAGUCCAUAGCAGCGACUAUACAAUCCCUAGGCUGGUAUUUCAUCACCGUCAUGAUUGGUCUCUUUUUGCAUGGAUUCGGCACCAUUGCGGUGAUCUUUUUCUUGGGCACACGGCGCCUACCGUAUCGUUAUAUUGCCAAGCUCAGUCAGGUGCUGGCCACUGCCUUUGGCACUGGCUCCAGUUCGGCCACCAUGCCGCUGACCAUCAAGUGUCUGGACAACAUGGGCAUCGAUCCGCGUGUCACACGAUUCGUUAUACCUGUGGGUGCCACCAUCAACAUGGAUGGCACGGCUCUGUAUGAGGCGGUGGCCGCUCUCUUCAUUGCACAGUACCGUGAGAUGAGCUACUCCUUUGGCACAAUUGUGGCGGUGAGCAUAACGGCAACGGCUGCCUCAAUUGGUGCCGCUGGCAUACCGCAGGCGGGACUCGUCACCAUGGUCAUGGUGCUAGACACUGUGGGCCUGGAGCCAAAGGAUGUGUCCCUCAUUAUAGCUGUCGAUUGGUUGCUGGAUCGCUUCCGCACUACCAUCAAUGUCAUGUGCGAUGCUCUGGGCACUAUCUUGGUAAAUCAUCUGUCGAAGAACGAUCUGGCCAGUGUGGAUAGGUUGAAUGCCGAACCUCAUGAGCUCCUCGAGCUGGGUGCCAAUGGUCACGAGAUGAAGGAAUGAAGGCAGUCUUCGCUUGGCGCCUAUAAUCGCAAACGAUGAGUGGACAUGUCCCGGGUGUGGGCCUGGUUCCACAUCCUGCCACGCCAGGAUAGCGACAGCGAUGACUACGACGACGAUGAGGAGUUUUAAGAUUGUCAUCGCUGCUUCGUUUAUCUGUUGGCAGGACUCAGGACUCAAACAGUCAGUUUGUUUUGCGAUAAAUUAUGGGCGACCAAGACGCUUCCAAUUUCCAAGAUUGAUUCAAUUUGCAGCAGUAGCCUCGAGAGGUCUGCCAGAGUACAAGUACUAAAAAAACGAAACA